AUGCAACCAUUCUAUUCACUAUUGGCUGUGCUAGCCAGUCUCAUCUGGCUGGCUAGUGCGUUGCCAUCGGAGUUAGACGACUACUUUGGUUUACAUCCUAUCUCGACUGUCACUCGUGCUGCAACGGUCAACACCAGCCCAACUGCGACUGUCAAGGGCGUCUUUCAAUCAAACCCCGCUCUUCUGCGGGCUGCGAUAAGCCGAUGUCCCGCAAGCUGCAGUGAAAGUGGAAGCAAUCCUAGCAAUUGGACUGUUUAUCACAGCGUUGAUCGUCUGUCAUGGUGCAAUGAGACUAUGCUGCUCGACUUUGUACUUUUCAAUUCAUUGUCCAGUGGAAAAACGCAGAAAAGCAUUCGAGCUUGUACUGUCGACGGUGAUGAUACAACACUCUCUGCUCGUAGCGUGUCGUGUGAGACACAGAAUGCUGCAACCGAUAGCGUCACGGAUAGUUUGAAGAUUUCUCAAACAGAGUCAACUGUGUCUUCGAGUGAGCUUUCCAAUAUUAUUGCUGUCACAGAAGAGAUCGAGAACUAUAUCCAGCAACAGGACUCUUGCAAUAAUACUGCUUCCUUUGCCAUAUCUGGCAAGGUAGCCGUUGGCAUUUUUGUUGGCUCUCAGAUCCAACAACAAGGCCUGGUCGACUCCAUUGUCAAGGAAUUUGUUGCUACUUUGAAAGAGAGCAGCACACCUGAGAAAUUUCUCGUGCAGCUCUGCGACGAUGAUCGCAGUAGUCAAUAUGGAAUUGGGAUAAUCGCUGACGCAACCGGUGAUCUGUCUGCAGCUCAGGAUGCUGUCCAAAAAUGGGCUAAUGGUAGCUGUGUCACUACUUUGGCGGAGACUUCAAGUGGCAAAGAUAUCACUUUCUCAAUGGCGGUACCGCCUCAGGCUCCUACCUCCACACCAAAACCCUCUGCAAGUCACGUUGCUCGCGCUCUGCACCCGCGAUCAACAUGUUCCACUACUCAGGUUAUGUAUCAAGGAGACCUCUGCCCCGACUUGGCAGCGACCUGCGGUAUCACUCUUGCCGAGCUUGAAGAGUACAAUCCGGGUUCCACAUUUUGCAACGAUUUGGUUCAAGGCCAACACGUCUGCUGUUCCUCGGGUACUCUGCCUGAUUAUACCCCUUCGACAUACUCCAAUGGUACUUGUUACACCUAUACUGUUGUUCAAGAUGAUACUUGCAGCGGUCUCUCAGCUGAGUAUGACAUUACUGCCACCGACAUCGAAAAAUGGAAUACAGAUACUUGGGGUUGGUUUGGCUGCAGCGAUCUUCAAAUUGGGAGCUACAUCUGUCUUAGCAAUGGAUCGUCCCCGAUGCCUGCACCAGUUGCCAACGCGAUAUGUGGUCCUCAGGUUGCCGGCACGGUAGCCCCUCCUGCUGGCACAAACUUAUCCACUUUGAAUGAAUGCCCGUUGAACGCCUGCUGUGAUGUUUGGGGACAAUGUGGUACCACAACUGAGUUUUGCACAAUCACUGAGUCUGUUACUGGGGCACCCGGGACCGCGGAGAAUAACACAAAUGGUUGUAUCUCAAACUGCGGAACGUCAAUUGUCAUGUCUGAUGCUCCUUCGCAAUUCAGGAAAAUCGCAUACUUCGAAGGAUAUGAUCAGACACGUCCUUGUUUGAGCAGCUCAGUAGAGAGUAUUGCUACCCAAGACUAUACACAUGUUCAUCUUGGCUUUGCUACUAUUACCUCUGAUUUCCAAGUCAAUGUUUCCGAUAUCACCGCGCAAUUCAACACGUUCAUCACUCUGAGUACGAGCUGGAAGAAGAUUCUUUCUUUUGGUGGAUGGGACUUCUCUACCAAUGCGGCUACGUACGACAUAUUCCGUCAAGCCGUGACUGAGGAAAAUCGUGCGACCUUUGCCUCCAACGUUGUCGCUUUUGUAGAAGAAUAUGGCCUCGAUGGUGUUGACUUCGAUUGGGAAUACCCCGGUGAGCCCGAUAUUCUGGGCAUCCCGGCAGGCAGUGAGGAUGAUGGAGUUAACUAUUUCUUGUUCUUGGAUGAGUUGCGCGUUAAGUUCUUGGCGUCCUCUGUACCUGGAAGCUCUAUCUCAAUAGCUGCACCAGCCUCGUUCUGGUACUUGCAGGGUUUUCCAAUCGAAGCUAUUGGUCUAAUUGUUGACUACAUCAUCUUUAUGACAUACGAUCUUCAUGGACAAUGGGACUACGACAAUGCCAAUUCACAGGAUGGCUGUCCGCUCGGAAACUGUUUACGAUCUGGUGUGAAUUUGACAGAGACUAUCAACGCAUUGUCGAUGAUCACGAAAGCCGGCGUAGCUUCCAACAUCAUAAAUGUUGGCGUUACUAGCUAUGGACGAUCAUUCCAAAUGACCACGGCUGGGUGCGAUGGCCCAAUGUGCACAUUUACCGGACCGGAAUCUGGGGCAUGGCGAGGUUCAUGUACAGAUACCGCUGGAUACCUCGGCAAUGCAGAGAUCUACUACGCGAACUCUAGCAUGUCUGAUGCGAGCUACUCCUUUGAUGAUGAUAGUUAUUCUGACACAUUAGUCUUCGGAGAUACCCAAUGGGUCGCCUGGAUGGGUGAUGGUAAUAAGGAAAUUCGAACAUUGCUAUAUGAAGGUCUCAACUUCGGCGGCACGACAGAUUGGGCUGUGGAUCUUCAGGGAGAUGCGAGUACACUCGAGUCACAGUGCAAGUCUUUGAAGGCAGCUAAUGACACCUCAUUCCCUACGUGUACUUCCAAGACCUCCACUACGGGUUGUAUCGCUGGCACUGGCAGUGGUGACUAUGAGGACUUGUGUGAAUUCGCCUGCAAGUACAACUUUUGCCCAAGUCCUAUGUGUACAUGCACUGAGACAGGUACUGCUGCUGCUGCUUUGAUUAACUCUACUGCGAGCUAUUGUCCGGUCGACUCUUUGGAUUCUAGUUAUACCGGACUUUGUUCUUUCAGUUGUGCGUAUGGUUACUGCCCAAGUACUUUGUGUGAAAAGGUGACGGUUGAAAAUUUCUACUCUUGCGACAAUACACUCAUAUUGACGAGCCUUUCAACCAAUUUCACAAGUGAUGCAAGCUGUGCAGAUGUUGGAGCUCGUAUGUAUCUCACUAUUCGCUUUAGCUUGUUAUGGGGGGAAUUAUCGCUGACUUCCUACCUUCUUCUAGCUGGAAUCAUCGCGUCUUCGAUUUGGGAUGAUAUAGACGCCACAGCUUCCCUAACUUCAUAUCUUGAUAGUUAUGACGGUGACGACUUUGUCUUCGACAUGAUUAACCCUCUAGGUAUAGGACAAAGUAAUUCUGACUGCGGGAGGAUUGAUACUGGAUCAUGCACGGCACCAGAUUGCACAACCACCGAAGCUGGUACAGGUUGGGAAUACUGCACUGCUCUAUCCAUUUCUAACCUCAACAAUGUCAUGAGAGCCCUCUACACGGCAACGGGCGAUAUGCCGUCAAACUUCAGCAAUUUGGCAGAAGACAUGUACACAGCCUUCACUUGGCCGCCAGCUCCCAGCAUGGAUCUCUUCUGGGAAGAGUUCAUGACAGCCCUCAGUACAAUGCUUGUCGUUGUCACUACACUUACUGGGGAUGUUCCGAUUGCCGCGAUGGGCGCUUUUCUUGGUGGUGUGGUCACCGAAGGCCUGAACGCGAUAUUGGCAACUGAUUCACAGGCAGCAGAGAAUCUGAGUCUCCUGGCUGAUGAUUGGGCGGACGCUCUUCAAGGUCAGUGGACGGACGCCUGGGCCAAGUAUAUCGAUGGCGGUAGCACAGAUAUGAUCACUCUAUUUUCCAAUGGAGCUCUUUUGGAUAAGCGGAAUAUCCCUAUCAUUAGCCCGAAGAGCGAUAACCAAAUUACCUUGAAUACUGUCCAGCAGCAUAUUCAACAGAUCUUCGAGGCCACGAUUGUGAAUAAGUUGUGGAACGCGGAUGAUGUCUUCCUAUACUGUUAUCCGAUGGAUGAAGAUACUUUCAAUGGGUACGCAGACAAGUGGACUGCGGAGCUCCAGGGAUGGGUCGAUUAUGAUGAUGGAUAUGGGUGUUACUUGCAGGGAAUAAGCGACUAUAACGUCAUCUAUACCUACGGCGAUCCUCCAGGCUACAAGGAUCUGGGCACCGGGACCUACGAUUUUACCAUCGAUGAUAUUAUCACGGGCAGCUACAAUAGCUUUGUUGCUGGAGGUUUCAACUACACUCCAUCCGUGUCUACAAAUAUUGAUACAACGUUAAAGUGGUCUUCGGCGGACCUACUGGACGGGAAGAUCUAUACUCAGGCCGGAGUGUUCAACCUGUUGAUUUGCGACCCAUCGGAUGAAUGGACUAUCUCCAAGUUCUACGAUAAUAUUGGAUAUGUAGGAUAUGGGUACACUGCGAGCGUCUGCGGUUGUCAGGAUUAUGCUGAUAAAAAUGGCAAGAAGUUCUCGGAUUAUCUUGGUAUUGGUACUGGGUGUUCUUGCGGUGGUGGUGCUGGGUGCUGUGUUGAGACUGGCAGCGUCAGUAUAUGCCCGUAG